AAAAAUCCAUAUGAUUGGUCAAGUACCCAUAUUUAAUCCAUGCAUCAAUUGAUGGCCAGAAAAAAAUAAUUCUGGAGCUUCCUCAACCUCAGCAAUCCUCAAUACACGACCACGAUCUCAAUAAACACAAUAGUGAACUCCUAGUCGUUCUUGCUCACCGAUCUACGGCCGCACCAAGACUCUCAAAACCGCCAUAAGUGCAUAUUCACGCCUCCCACCUCCCGACCAAGACACAGCAAAGAAGAAAAAAACCCAAACAACCAGACCGUCAAAAUGCAUCUCAUGUACACGGCAGACGAGAGCGGCAAGCGCAUCUACACGCUCAAGAAGGUCCUCCACGGCGAAGUCACCAAGUCCGCGCACCCGGCCCGCUUCUCCCCCGACGACAAGUGGUCGCGACAGCGGGUAACGCUCAAGAAGCGCUUCGGCUUGUUGCUGACGCAGCAGAAGAACAAGGUUGCCGAGAACUCGCAAUGAAGGACGCCCUGUUUCAAUGAAGAUGGAAUAAGACAAGCAGUUCACGGUUCGCUCUAAACACCGAGAAUACGCCCCGAUGAGCCGUAGCUUUAUGGUCACUACAUACCCAUUUAUAUGAUUUGGCGUUCGGGGAUAUUGGGAAACAAUUUUUAGUGUUUCAAUUCACUAUUGGGCUUAUGACUUCCGUGCUGUUUGUGGUCUAGGACAAGGAAUGCAACGAGUGGCCUUGACAAACCCGGAUAUAAAGUACUGAGUCGAUUUCUUCACAUUUGGUGAUUAUUGAGUGUGUACGGGAUGGACAUGAGGCAUGAAAUCCAUACCUUCAGUAUCUUCCAUGCCUUUGUGUAGGGGGUUGUUUCUAGGCAUAUAGCAACCUACUCUCAAUACACACCACAACCCUAUCACAAUCUAAUUCUCAAACAAUAUUAGUGAAAUCAUGGUAUCAAUAUAUUCUAUGUCUAUCAA